AUGGACCCCUUCUCCGCCGAGGGCGAGCUCAUCAACAUCCACAACCACUUCCACCAGGGCCAGUACCAAGAGGUCAUCGACUUCGACACGUCGUCCUUCUCCGCCGAGAAUGCACUGCCCGCCAGAGUUCUCGCCCACCGCGCCCGCAUUGCGCUCGGCCAGAUCGAGGACGUCCUCGCCGACGUCCAGGGCGAGUCGGAACCCGAGCUCAAGGCGGUCGCCGUCCUCGCGCAGUACACAUCCGGCAACAAGACUGAUGCAGCGGUAAAGGCUGCCGAGGACCUCGCCGCCUCGGCCGGCGACAACGCCACUGUACAGGUCCUGGCCGGCACCGUCCUCCAGGCGGCUGGCAAGUCUGAAGAGGCUCUGGCCCUGCUCUCAAAACAUUCUGGCAGCUUGGACGCCGUCGCCCUCAUCACACAAAUUCACCUCGAGCAGAACCGGACAGACCUCGCCAUCAAGGAGGUUACUGCGGCGCGGAGAUGGGCGCAGGACAGCAUCCUGGUGAACCUGGCCGAGUCUUGGGUCGGACUUAGAGUGGGAGGAGAGAAGUACCAGCAGGCCUUCUACGUCUUCGAGGAACUCGCGCAGGCGCCCGCCACGGCGUCCAUCAUCUCGCUCGUAUCGCAGGCGGUCAGCGAGCUCCAUCUCGGCCGCACUGAGGAGGCGCAGGCGGCGCUCGAGUCCGCAGUGCAGAAGGAGCCCAAGUUCGCCGAGGCGAUUGCGAACUUGCUCGUGUUGACCGUUGUUACUGGCAAGGAACCUACGGAAUUGACUGCUUCAUUGAAGGCCGUCGCGCCACAACAUCCUCUGCUCGUGGAUCUGGAGGAGAAGAGCAGUCUUUUUGACAAGGCUGCUGCCAAGUUCAGCCCAAAGGUCUCAGCUUAG